AUGACUGGAAUGCGAGCAUGUUGGAACGAGCAAACUAGCUUUGCAUCAACAGCUGAUCCCCAAACGAAUGGUGCUGGUUCCGAGUCGUCUCAGGUUACUUCAUGUGGUUCUUCAAGAUGGGUGGACAGAGUUAUAUUGGUCGAUGCAAAGGGCACUGUCCGCGCAGUUGAAUUCGCUCUUCAUCAUUUUGGGCUGAAGCUGGCAACUGUCCCUUCCGAUAAUCGCAUUCGCAUCUACGAGUGCUUGGAACGAUCAGCGCUAACCACAUGGCAGCUUUCUAAAGAAGUCCGUGUCUCAACGUUCCCAUAUGUAUCGCUGUUCUCGUCGUACUCCCUGGCGUUGGUGACACUAACACAAACAAGUGCAACUCUUGGUGUGCUUCUCCAACCCUGGUCGCUCGAUCUCUGUAAUAAUUGCAAAACCCCACCACCCAGGGACGGGGAAAUCAUCGCGGCUAGCUGUGGGAUAUCUGGCGCCAUCAAAGUAUUGCUAUGCUGUAUUUUUGUGGUAUCGCUCACUCUGAAUACAAUUAUCUGCCUCUCAUCAGCCUACGACUCUCCUACUUUAGACCCGAUGGAGUUACCCGCUGAGGCAGGCCCAUCACCGGCAAGGGAUGGAGAUGCUCCAACAUCAUUUGUGAUGACGUCGAUAUGGCAAGUCAAGCCUGCGGAGGAAGAACCUAACGUCGAAGGAGAAGACGACGAUCCUAGAUGGUCUGUAGAUGUAGUAGCAGAUUUUAAUCACCACAAAUCUGCGGUUGGCCGUGUUGAGUGGAAUAUCGCUGGUUUUCCUCAGUGA